UUUCAGUACGGAAACAGACGCCUUCACAUAACAGUCUCUCUCCACAAGAUAUCUUCAAAAGCAGUUUUGUCCAAUAUUCGAAAUGGCUCCCAUUCAGAACAGUAAGGCGUGCGAGGUUAAUGCAGCUUCGUCUGAAGUCAAGUGCUGCCGCUGCGGAGGAUCGAAGAGCUCUUGGGACAUGUUCCUUCCCAUCACUCACAGGGGAAGCUUCUUCCAGGACUCCUUCUUCUCCAACAUUCACCAGCAUUUCGACGCCGCCGUUAGGGAGGUUCUGGACAAGUGGAAUGGCUCUGACCUCAGGCUGACUAACCACACGGAGAACGCGAACAUCCGCCACAGUGAUGUCAUUGGCCGCUACAGAAGGCUUCGAUCCAUCGACCUGAAGGAAGAGAACCAGGCUGUCACUGUCACGUCGGAUGACACUAGUCACAAGGUGGUGCUGGACGUGCAUGAGUUCCUGGGAGGAGAUGUGACGGUGAAGGUGGUUGACGAGAAGGAGCUGGUGGUGGAAGGCCGCGUGGAAAAGAAGGAAGAGGGAAGUUCCUGCGUGGCGCUGCACUCCUUCAGACGCCGCUUCUCCCUGCCACGCCUUACCGACAUGGCGGCCAUCACCUCCGCCAUGUCCUCCGACGGCGUCCUCACCAUCACAGUGCCCAAACUGGGAAAUGAAGACAAUCAAAGGACUACCAUCAUCCCCAUCAAGAUCGAAGAGACGAAUUCACAGACAAAGGCUUCCAAAACAACACUUCCACAAAACACAAAUAAACAGGAAAUCAAAUGCCAACACUGCAGUCAGGGCGCCGUCUCCAAGAAGGAGAGCAACAAGGCAGUCAGUGAAACGUGUGUCAAGAAAGAGAGCGAUUCCUGUGAAUCGGAGAAAAGGUCCUCGGCAAUAGAUUCCUUCGCUGGACACAACGUCCUCCCGAUUGUGCGCAGAGGACUCUUCUUCGACGAUUCCUUCUUCCAGGAAAGCUGGAAGGAUUUCCAGAGGGCGGUGAAGGAAGUGCUGAACAAGUGGGGAGAACAGUCCUCUAUUGGCGACGAUCUAACGCGCUACAGAAGUCUCCGAAGUCGUGACUUGAAAGAAGAAAACCAGGCUGUCACUUCCUCAGAGGAUGAACGUCAACACAAGUUCGUUCUUGACGUGAAAGACUUUAGUGACGGCGGAGAGAUCAGCGUGAAGGCAGUGAACGACAGAGAGUUGGUGGUCGAAGGCCGCAAGGAGAAGCAGGGAGACGGCUCGAGGUGUUCUCAGCGGUUUCUUCGGCGCUUCGUCGUUCCUGGAGACCUCCAACUGGAUGCCGUCAACUCAGUCGUGUCUUCUGACGGUGUGCUCACCAUCUCGGCACCUAAGAAGCAGCCGAAGCUCCAGGUGAGGGAGGUUUCCGUGCCCAUAAGCAUUGAAGGAAAGAAAACUGAUCCGGCCGACGCCGUCCUGCAGAAUGGAAAUCUCAAGUCGAAUGAAGCUUUAACAGGCACUGUCGCAAAGGAAAAUAAACUGCAGAAUGCCACUUCCGUACCCAGCGCAAUCUCCGCUCCGUCCAAGGUACCCUCGACAGCCAGUUCGACUCGUGGAUCCAAGGAAACUUCAUCCUCAAACCAGAAAGGAGAUUCUCAGCUGCACACCACCGUUAUUCCCGUUAGGGUCCAGGGAACAGAAGAGAUUCCAGAGAAGAAAACCUGUUCCCCUCAUAAGACUUCGACAGGAGUUCAAGACGAAGACGCCUCCGCCAGAUCCACCUCCUUCGCCGCGAGAGGAAAGGGAAGCGACGCUGAAGAAGGCACCCAGGAAGAUAAGGACCUGUAUAAGCUGAAGGGAAGCGGAGCCAAGUUCCCCAUCAAGAUUAACGGAUCUGUGAUUAAUAACAACUCGAUCUAAUAUAAACUGACCAUUCCAGAGGUAAUAAAUAUUGGAGGAAAAGAGAAAGAAAACAUUUUUACACAGAAUUUAUUUAAAUAAAAUAUAUUUUGUAAUCAAAUACUUGCGUAUAUAUUGGAAUAAAAUCUUACUUUCCGCUUUCUUAUUCGAUUUUUUUUUAAGUUGUAAGUGCUACACUUCCAUUUAAACCGAGUUGGCAACACCUUUUUCCUGUGGCAUCUGAAAUAAGUUUAGUAUUUACUUUUUUUAUUAUUUUGAUUUCAAUCACUGGACUCUAUACAAUAUAAAGGUUAUAAAAAGUAAUCUAAACAUUCUUCAAAUUGAAGAAAAUAAAUUAAAAAAAAAAGUAAAUAUUGAAUUUUAAUAUGCAAAUGGAAAAAGUGGCUGAAUUGAGUAUGCCAGAUAUAUAGGAAGCGACUUAAAAGUUCCAAGGAUUAUCAAGCAUGAAAUGCCGGAAAACGCGUUAAUAUUUUCAAUAAUUUUAACGUUAUACCUUGCACUCUAUUCCUGAUACCGUGCAAUUAUUGCAUAAUACUAUUAUUCAUGUAUGUCCAUGUUAAAAAUAAAACUACUAUAUUAAUAAUGACAUUAGCUGGAAAGCCAUAAAUUCGACUACUUUUUUUUUUUUUUUUUUUUUUUAAUAUGAAAAGGGAAGAUA